AUGUCCCAUGGCUCUUCGACUUCAAACAUACUACUCGACUGCGGCUCCCUUGACUGCCACCCCGAACUCGAAUGGCCUGGUACUGACGAGCUGCCGAAAUAUAUCUCGACUGUGCCUGAUCCUCAAUUGCUUCCUAAACCUGGGCGACAACACUAUCCUGUAGCCCACAGCUCCAGCUUCUUGCGCCUUGUUGUCUUAUAUAGCUCCACAUUGCCGUGUAAAACCGUCGCCCUUAUCGAUUCCUUUGAAGAAGUAUCCAUAGGGCGAGACAGGUGUGCCACCCCUAGGUUGAGGCUUAAGGAGCUAGCCGUAUCCAAGUAUCACGCCAACAUCUACUGGGAUUCUCGAACCCAGCACUGGUCUCUCGUUGAUGUGGGCUCCACCCAUGGAACACACCUGAUCUCUCCAGACCCAUCUGUUACCAGAAUAUCCGACCCGAUUGGCAGUCAGGGUUACACGAUGACUGAAUUGACCAGGCUUGCACCUCCCAAGUCUGCCAGUCUUCCGAACAUACUCUCCCACUUGCAACGUAUAGUUAUUGGGAAUACCACACUUGUGGUGCAUAUUCAUGAAGACAGGAUCCCGUGUGAUGCAUGCACUAUUACUCAGGAAAACAUACUCGACUUAGAUGCGUCAACGAGACCUAAAACAAAUACAAGCAAGAUAGCGGGUGGGAUCAAUCCCGCGGAGUCGAUGAGAUCUUUGAAACAAAACCUUCUCUCACAGCCAUUGUACUCGAGGCACGAUGCGCGUUCAGGGAACCACUCGGAAACUUAUGUUGAUCGCGCAGAACUCAGACGACAGCGAUUUCCAGGUUGGCGUGAGCCCCAGCCUCGGCGAGAACCUGUUGUGUCUCAACAAACUUCGUCACGUCCGGGCCUACGAAAGCAUUCACCGCAUAUCGUUCAAGCAGUCGGAACUCUCCGAGAAGUGCCUAAAUUGGAGACAUCUUCUCCAAUCCCGUUGGAUAACGUGGGACACAAGCUCCUGGCGAAGCAAGGAUGGAAACCUGGUUUGGCGUUGGGCUCUGAUACUAAAACUGGACAGGUACGGUCCGGGUUGCUAGAGCCACUGGCGCCUCAGUCUACGACCAAUCGUCGGGGCUUGGGAAUGCAUCAUACAUGA